CGUGUGUUUUCUGUUCCAGGGUAAAGUGAUUCACAAAGGACCGUUGGUGAAGAUGUCGAAGGACGAGUUCGUCAUGAAGGCUGUCAUUCAGGAGGAAGAAGAAUCCACGCAGAGUGUCCGCCCUCAGCCUUCCAUCAACCUGGUUAUCCUGGGAGCUUUAGCUGAGAACUUCAAUCUAAGGGUCAAUCUAGGGGAUGUGGUUUUGGCCUCUGGGUUCACGGUUGGUAAAUCUCCCACCGCUAAUAAGGACAAGCUUCACGCCUGUAACCUGCUGCUGUCAGGAGAUGAUGCAUCCAUCUAUGUCUCCAAGCAGAAGCCUGCUGAGCCCAAAUCACCACUGGCCAGGAAGAGGAGCUCCUUGAUUCCUGCAGAGGGUUCCAGGGCAGCCAAGGGUCCAAAGUACAGCUAUGUGCAUCUGGAUCAGCUGAAGGAUAAAUCUGUGGUGAACGUCUAUGGAGUGGUGACGUUCUUCAAGCAGCCGUUCAAGACCCGGGGUACAGAUUACUGCUCCACCCUGAAGAUAACUGACCAGUCCAACCAGAAGGUCGGGUGCACUAUCUUCUGUGGGAAUCUGGAGGACCACCCCAAGAUUUUUGAGAUUGGAGACAUUGUCCGCAUGCAUCGAGUCAAGGUGGGUCUAUACAACAACUCCCCCACUCUGGUCAAUACCUCUGGUUUCUCUGUGCUGACAUUUAGUGGCACAGUGGGCGCCGCCGUUGAACCGCGGACCCGCAGUAAAACCUUCCACUUCGGCAAGGACGACCGGCGCGCCGUGGAGGAGCUGAGAUCCUGGGCUGCGAGCCACAGCCCACUCCCACCCAGCUCUACCGCUGUCACUCUGGCAGCCGUUCAGCCCAACACCUACUUUGACCUGACCUGCCAGCUGCUGGCCAAAGCCCCCAUUGAGUCCUCCUGCACUCUGCUGAGGGUGUGGGAUGGAACCAGAUGUCCUCAGACUCUCCUAAAGGUGAUAGUUGAGCCAAACGUCACAGAAGGUCCGCAUUCAUUCUCCAAGAAGAAAGAGGGCGUCAUCGCAAAUGUCCUAGUGUACGAUAACCACGUGGAGACGUCAAGACAGCUGCAGCCUGGUGCUUUUCUGAGGAUCUAUAACCUGCGAGCCAUCCCUGGAUCCAGCAAAUUGCCGGGCCUCACCAACAGCCAGCCAGUGGAGGUGGAUCCCCUCGCUUUUCAUCUUCAUGGGGGAACGUCGUACGGCAGAGGCAUCAGGAUUCUGCCGGAGGACAGUCCAGAUGUGCAGGAGCUCAAGAGACUCAUGGAGGCGUUUUCAGAGGAGGAGGAGGAGCCGAGUGACUCAGAACUGCUGGAGGUCUUCUCCACUCCUCCAGAAUAUUUGGACGGUGAUGCAGUGGACCAUCAAACUGAACGAACCUGCACACAUCAGGUCCAACAGGAACCGCUGUCCCAGGUGAAGCAGAAUGAUCAGAGCCAGGUUCACCACGUCAGAGUCCAGCUCAGCUCCUACCAGCCCCACAGACUCUUCCAGGCUCUCAAGCUCUUCUGCAGCAGAUGUUCAUCCAUUCGGGACAUCCCUGAUGAUGAGGAGCUGGCGCUGAUCUUCUCGGAGGCAUCCAAGCGCUCUGAAGCCUACAGUCCGCCAGAGUGGGCUCUGUCUGGAGAGCUCAGCCUCCCAGGAGACGCCUCAGGAUCUCCCAGUGUUCACCUUUCCACUGAGCUGAUGAACGAGGGCCAGCAGGACCAGCUCAUCUUUCUGAAAGGUUGCUCUCUGGAGGAGACGUGCCACCUGGCAGCAACUUAUAAGAACAUUGUUCCCGUGAGGUCAUCAGACGGACAGCUGGCGCCGCUGGACCUGUCGGCUCCUUUCCUCUUCAGAGGAAGGAGGAGGUACUACGGGUGUAAGCGGUGCUCCAAAGCUGCGCUGGCCGAGCCAAGCGUUGAAGGAAAGGUGAGCCUGGAUGAGAAGAUCAUAGCAGAAGCCCUCGGUGUGCAGCUGCUGCAGCCGAUGUUGCUGAUGAAGCUGAUGCUGCAGGACGACUCUGACACUCUGGAUGUCUUCCUGUGGAAACAUGCGGAGCUUUUCUUCGGCGUGGCAGCAGGAGACGUGUGGACCAAUCAGGAGGCUCAGAGCAGCGUCCAGCAGGCGAUGGACGCCCUCUGUCCAGCAGAGGGCAGCAGAGGACGUCGGCCGUGGCUGGACCUGUGUCUCCUGGCGUACCGCCCUGAGGGAGACGAGGAGAACCGGACCUGUUACCAGAUCUGCAACACCGCCGUCAUCAAACAUCCGUCUGAAUGAUUCAAGCUGCCUGGUGAACCUGUGUUCUGAUCCACUUCAAGUUGCUUCCUGUGUCACACCUCCUAUUUAAGACUGUCAAAAUAAAAGCAUGCAUGAAUAAGCUUUC